UGAGCCGCCGCCGGAGCCGCGGACGGUUUGCUCAUCCCGUUAGUGCUCUCGGCCGAGACUCACGCCGCCGUCAUGUCCCGCUACCUGCGUCCUCCCAACACGUCUCUGUUCGUCAGGAACGUGGCGGACGACACCAGGUCUGAAGAUUUACGGCGGGAAUUUGGUCGUUAUGGUCCUAUAGUUGAUGUGUAUGUUCCACUUGAUUUCUACACUCGACGUCCAAGAGGAUUUGCUUAUGUUCAAUUUGAGGAUGUUCGUGAUGCUGAAGAUGCUUUACAUAAUUUGGACAGAAAAUGGAUUUGUGGGCGUCAAAUUGAAAUACAGUUCGCACAAGGAGAUCGGAAGACACCAAAUCAAAUGAAAGCCAAGGAAGGAAGGAAUGUGUACAGUUCUUCUCGCUAUGAUGAUUAUGACAGAUACAGACGUUCUAGAAGCCGAAGUUAUGAAAGGAGGAGAUCAAGGAGUCGUUCUUUUGAUUACAACUAUAGGAGAUCUUAUAGUCCUAGAAACAGUAGACCGACUGGAAGACCACGGCGUAGCAGAAGCCAUUCCGACAAUGAUAGAUUCAAACACCGAAAUCGAUCUUUUUCAAGAUCUAAAUCCAAUUCAAGAUCACGGUCCAAGUCCCAGCCCAAGAAAGAAAUGAAGGCUAAAUCACCUUCUAGGUCUGCAUCUCACACCAAAUCUAGAGGCACCUCUAAAACAGAUUCCAAAACACAUUAUAAGUCUGGCUCAAGAUAUGAAAAGGAAUCAAGGAAAAAAGAACCACCUAGAUCUAAAUCUCAGUCAAGAUCACAGUCUAAGUCUAGGUCAAAAUCUAGAUCAAGGUCUUGGACUAGUCCUAAGUCCAGUGGCCACUGAUAGUAUAAACCUAGGCAUGUAUCAUUCAUUUACUCAUAGUUUGGUAUACUUAAAUUGUCAGGAAUACAAUGUUGCAAUGAUGCGUAAAAAGAAAAAAACACCUGUUAGUUUUCCCUGUACCAGGCAAUGGUUAUAAUUAAAAUGAUAUGCUGUUGAGAAGCCA